AUGUCUGAGAGCAUAAGCCUGUCUGGCUAUACUAUUCUCUCCACGGCUGUCGUUUUAACGGCUAUUUUCAGAGCCACGGUUGUGCUUUAUCGAUUAUACUUUCACCCUCUAUGCUGUGUCCCAGGACCUGGACUGGCUGGCGCCACGAGUCUGUAUCUUCGAUACUAUGAAGUUGUUAAAGGUGGAGGUAUAACGAAGUUACUACCCCAUCUUCACAAGAAGUAUAACUCACCGGUCAUUCGAAUCGCGCCCAACCACGUUCACAUUAACGACAUCGAAGCAUACAAAAGAGCCUUCACCGCAAAACCCUCGCCCCGCAAAUGCUCCGACUUUUACAAAUCCGCGCAAGGCGUAGACACAAUUCUCACCACAACGGAACCCCAGCGCCAUCGAGUCAUGCGGAAUGCAAUGCUUCCUUUGUUCACACCUCGAGAUAUGACUCGGAUCUUCCUCAUCGGGAGAAACCAUGUCACAAAAGUCGCACGAGUGAUGGCACGUCAGGGACAGAAUGGACAGUUGCUGGAUUUAUUGGCCAAUUUCGUUGCGGGGACGCUGCUGGAUCAUCCUUCGGAGUUGGUGAGCUAUGAAGAUCCGCAGUCUGGAUGGAUAAUUGCGCAGGAGUUUAUUGGUCGGUAUCGGUGGAUUUUCGCCGACAUUCCAUUUUUGGUUCCUAUCGGGCUCUUUUUGCUGUCGAUGUCGCCAGAGUGGAUUACUAUUGGGUUUAAGGAUUUGUACCAGCACUGUGAAAACUUCGGUAACAGAGUCCUAUCAACAAAAGAGGAAAAUGCAAAAGCACCACAAACAGUCUUCGAUAAGCUCUUAGAUAACACAUCCGAUAAUUUCACAAGCCGUGACACACUAGCACUCUUUCAACAAGCGGUCGUGUUGAUGAUCGCAGGAACAGCAAGUCCCGCCAUCACAUUGACAACCGCAUUCUUCUACAUCCUCAAAUCCCAAGAUAUUGAGACAAAAUUACGAAAUGAACUAGCAGACCUGGAACAGAGGUUUCCGGGUGGCAUCGUCUCUGCAGACUUUGACUUGCGCGAAUUGCACAAGCUGCCGUACUUGGAAGCCGUCAUAAAAGAAAGCCUCCGCAUCAUCCCUGCAGUUCCAGGCCUUCUCCCACGCAUCGUUCCCUCCACUGGUCUAACCAUCGCCCUCCACUAUCUCCCCCCUGGAACCCGCAUCUCAGCAGCACACUACGUCUUCCACCACAAUGAGAGCAUCUUCCCGAAUCCAGAGAAAUUCGACCCAGACCGCUGGCUCAAUAAGAGCCCCGAGGAGCUGCAACUGCCGGAGCAGUAUUUCAUGCCGUUUAGUAAGGGGCCAAGGGCUUGUAUUGGAAUGAAGCAGUCGUGGGUAUUUAUGUAUUUGGUUGUGGUGUAUUUAUUGGGGAGGUUUGAGAUGGGGAUUGGGGAGGGGAUGCCGGGGGUUUUGGAGUGGGUUGAUGAUGGGACUGCUGUGCCGGUUGUGAAGCCGACUGUUAGGGUUGUGGAGAAGGUGUGAGUUUCUUGGGGAGAUAAAGGCUUGGGAGGUAUAUGGUGGAUUUCCCUUUUUAUGAUAGGCACUCGUCAUUAUGGUUGUUUUAGUUUGCAAGUUUAUACCACUGAGGGAUCUGCACAGUAAAUUGAAUAGCACGCAUAUGUAUCUAAUCUCUACCGUCCCAAGAGUACCGGACGAUGACGUUCUUUCUAACACACCUAAACCAAAGACCUACUCUUCAC